AUGUCAUUUCACAUAAAGAUUGGUAACUAUCGAUUUUCAAAGAACUUAGGGACAGGCUCUUUCGGAAAAGUCAAGCUUGCAUUCAAUGAGAUCAGUGGGCAUAAGGUCGCUAUUAAAAUCAUGAAUAAAAAAAAGAUAAAGUAGCAAUAAGUUUUUGACAAGAUAAAGCGUGAAAUAAAAGUCCUCAGGCUUUUCAAUCAUCCACACAUUAUCAAGCAUUAUGAGUUCAUUGACACUCCAUCAGACAUAUUUAUGGUUAUCGAAUUUGCAUCAGGAGGUGAGCUUUUCGAUUUAAUUUCAAGAAGAGAAAGAUUAGAUGAAAGUGAGGCAAGAAGAUACUUUCAGUAGAUAUUCUCAAGCAUUGAAUACACUCAUUUCCACAAAAUCACUCAUCGUGAUUUGAAGCCAGAAAAUUUACUACUAGAUGAGAAUAACAAUAUCAAGUUGAUCGAUUUCGGACUCUCGAAUUCAAUGAAGGAUUCGUAAUCACUGAAAACAGCUUGUGGCUCUCCCAACUAUGCAGCUCCUGAGAUUAUUAGUGGUAGGUCAUACAGUGGAGUAGAGGUUGAUAUCUGGUCUAUGGGAGUUAUAUUAUAUGCUAUGGUUUGUGGUACUUUGCCUUUCGAUGACGAUUCUAUGACUCAACUUUUCAAUAAAAUUAAAGAGGGUAAAUAUUACAUGCCUAACAAUAUUUCGCCUGAUGAUCUCCCUUCUUAUCUUCUGAACAUUUCCUAAAUAUCAUAAAAUCCAUAACCAGUUGAUGAAGAAAUCGUGAAAAAGCUAUUCACACUUAAUCUUAAUUUACAAGGAAGAAAUUAUCAAGAUGUGCUUUAAUCAAUUUAAGAAAAGAAAAAUACAGAUUAUUGUGGAGUUUACGAACUAUUCUACCAUGACAAGAUAAAGAAGGAGUGCUUUUAAUAGCAAAAUACUAACAUUGAGUUAAAAUAAGAUAAGCAGCAUCGUAAAUAAUUCAAGUCGCUUAAGUCUCUUAUUUUUUCUCAGAGGAAUCAGUAGCAAUUCUAAAAUAAUAAUUCAAUCAUGAUGAGUUUGCUACCUGAAAAGCAUGAUCUUAGACUGAAGAGAAUAAUUAAUAAGAUGAAGUCGGGAAAGAGCAGAUUUGAUGAAACCCCAAAGGGUAUAUAUAAAGAGGAAAGUAAACGAACUACUAGAAUAAACUCCUUGAUGUCAACCACUAUAGAUGGUUAGAGUACCCUAUCCUAAUCUGGUGGUUAUCUAGAUUUACAAACAAUAUAGAUUUCAGAGGAAAAGCAAUUAUUAACUCAUAAAUAACACUGGAUAUUCGGUGUAAAUAUUACGGGACCUCCUGUUGAAAUUAUUGAAUUGGUCUGCCUUAUACUACAGAACCUUAAUUUUGAGAUGAAACUAAAAUGCUAGCUUAUAAUAGAUCAUGCUGAUAUUUAGUCUGAUAACGAUGAGUAUUUGUAGCAGUAUCUAAAGAAAAAGUUUUUCAAAUUCUACGUUAAUCUCUAUAAAUAGCAAGCUAAGUAGAAUGAUGAUAGAUAUUUGAUUGAUAUCCACCUAUUCAAAGGUAAUCCAAUGCUUUUUACAGACUUUGCGAAGUCAUUUCUCAAUCUAAUGUAUCAAAGUUGCCAAGUUGUGAUGAAACCCCCUGAAGAAAGACAUAGUACUCCAAGCAAGAUGAUGGGAUUGAAACUUGAUGAUAUUAUGGUCAGCAAAGAGGGAAUUUAUAAAUAGCAUCCUCAGGAAGACCCUAAGCUCAGGACCCCGGAGUAGAUUAAAAAUCUUGGGGAAGGGCAUAUCCCACUUUUCACAAAUUUGACAGUAGUAAUAUGA